AUGGAGGGUAGUGAAGCGGACAGGCUGCUAGGGGAAGGCGGGCUGGGGCACCUGGGCCAGUUCAAGACCUACCGGCGGCGGUGGUUCUUGCUGGCCUCUGUGUGCCUGCUGAACUGUUCGAACGCCAUGCUGUGGCUGACCUUUGCUCCUGUUGCUGAUAAGACAGCUGCCUACUUCCACAUUUCCCUGGAGAUGGUCAACUGGCUCUCAAUAGUGUACCUCCUCAUCUCGAUCCCAUUUGGUCUGGUGGCAACAUGGGUUCUUGACAGCGUGGGGCUCAGAUGUGCUGUGAUCCUGAGUGCGUGGCUGAACAUGACAGGUAGCAUCAUCCGGAUGUUCAGCGUCCUGAAGUUCCUGAGCUUGGGUUCCCAGAACUACUUGUACCUGUUUAUUGGGCAAUGCCUUUGUGCACUGGCACAGCCCCUUAUCAUCUUUUCACCAACGAAACUAGCAGCACUGUGGUUCCCAGACCAUCAGAGAGCAACAGCAAAUAUGAUUGCAUCGAUGUCCAAUCCCUUGGGUAUUCUUAUAGCAAACGUGCUGUCACCUGCACUAGUUCCUGAAGGAAAACACAUCCCAUUGAUGUUGGGUGUUUAUGCAGUCCCAGCGGUAACAGCCUGUGCUCUAGCAACUGUGGGGAUUCAUGAGAAGGUUCCGCCAACACCUCCUUCAGCCAGUGCCACUAAUUCCACUUCCCAGCCAUUCCUCACAGGGCUCAAAAUGCUCUUGAGAAACAAGUCGUACAUCGUCCUGGCAGUGUGCUUUGGUGGAGGAAUUGGGAUGUUCACCUGCUUCUCAGCUCUGCUAGAACAGAUCCUUUGUGAAAAGGGGUAUUCAAACGGAUUUGCUGGCCUGAAUGGUGCACUGUUCACAGUGUGUGGCUUGUUGGGUGCUUUCCUGCUAGGCCUUUAUGUCGACCGGACAAGGAAGUUCAUAGAGUCUACCAAGAUUUGUUUCUGCCUGAGUGCACUUGCCAGCAUCAUGUUUGCAGUGGCUUCUCGGUUCAGACAUCAGGAUGUCACACUGGCCAUCACCAGCUCGCUCUUUGGUUUCUUUGGGUUUGCCAUCUACCCCAUUGCCAUGGAGCUGGCUGUGGAGUGCUCCUACCCCGUGGGAGAGGGCACAUCUACAGGCCUGAUUUUUGUUGCAAGCCAGAUUGAAGGUGUGAUUUUAAUGAUUCUGCUACAAGCCCUCACUGUGCGUGUUUCUGAAGAUCCAUCUUCCACCUGUGCCCUUGACCAGGAUGGAGCCCUGGACUGGACAACUGCAGUACUGGUGCUGGCUGGCCUUUGCAGCGCUAUGGCUUGUUUCUACGUCGCCUUCUUCCACACUGACUAUAAGCGGCUCCGUGCUGAAAGAAACAAAGGUGAUUUGGUCAAAGCAGAAGAUACAGAAAGUGCUCCUGAAGCCUAACCAGGCCAAAAGGAUGAUGCCAAGGGCCCAGUAAAGAAAGAACUGAAGCCUGUGGG